AUGUGUCACUCAGGUGGAAGCGAUACUUCUCUUGGAUUUGAUUAUGGAUGGAAGAUGACUGGUUGCUCCUCUGGUACAUACAUUCUUGAUACUGGUGGAGAGAUCACUGGAUCUUGUGAAAUUGCUGAUAAGAUCACCCUCACAGUAGAGUGUCAUGAGGACAAGUCUGCCACUAUUUCUUGGAGCGGAGAGGGUGAUUCCAAUGUGGCUAUCAAGGUGAAGGGAUCACAUGGUGGAACACUCUAUGAUGCAAGUAGCAAUGGUGGUGGCUUUAUUGCUGGUGCUAAUGGCGGUGGCCAAACUGCAGACAUCAGCCACAUUGAAGUCUGCGUCAACUGUGUGGGCUCAAGCUGUUAUGAAGAGCCCACAGAGCCUUCUCCCACAGCCUCUCCCACAGGUUCUCUAGUUGCCAAUCCUACGGGAUCCCCAACUGGCACACACAAUGACCCUCCAACAGAGAGCCCUACUCUUCUGGCCACUUGUCCUGAUGAGCAGCCUGACAUUGGCAGCCCGUGUGGCUUUGAAAGCUUGGAUUGUGCGUAUGACACAGAAACUUGCUGUGAUGGCACUGAACAUGAUAGUUUCAUUGUUCAGUGUAGCAAUGGAGUAGUCCAGGGACAUCAUACUGAUGCUUGCAUGUCUGUGGUCUGUGUGGAGCCCACUGCUUCACCCACCAGUGGUCCUACUGGAUCCCCAGUUUCCACCCCCACUACUGAAUCCCCAACCAGUGCACCCACUGCCACUUCUACACAGAGUGCUACUCUUCCAGUCACUUGCCCAGAUGAAAAGCCUGACCCUGGCAGCCCCUGUGGGUUUGAAGGCUUGGAUUGUGCUUAUGGAAAGGAAACUUGCUGUGAUGGCACUGACCAUGAUAGUUUCAUUGCACAUCCCACAGAAACCCCAACCAAUGCUCCUACACAACCACCAGUCCCUGAUGACAGGAAUCUCCCCACUACCCCUGCACCAACACCCAACAAAGGCAGUGGAAGUGGUGAUCCACAUUUUAAGACCUGGACUGGUGACAAGUUUGACUAUCAUGGAGCAUGUGAUCUUGUUCUAGUUGACAACCCUCAAUUUUUGAAUGGCUUGGGCUUGAAGCUCCACAUUAGGACAACCCGAAUCAAGUACUUCAGUUACAUUGAAAGGAUUGCUCUUCAGAUUGGCAGUGAUAUCCUUGAGUUUGCCAAUGAUGUUGAUAACUUUAUGAUCAAUGGUGCCAGGGUAGAAGCAAACCGCAAGCACCACAAGACCAAGUUGGCUGGAUUUAAUAUUCGGCGUGACCCAAAAGCUAUCAGUGUCCGUCUCCAUGAUCAAAGUCGUCUCAGCAAAAAUGGCCAUAACGUUGGGAAGAUUGAUUUCCACACACGCACGAAUGGAUUCCCUGCUGUGAUUGUGGAUGGCGGUGACACCUCUAUCUUUUAUGGAAGUUUGGGACUGUUGGGCGAAUGGAGCACAGGCCGUAGAAUGGCCCGUGAUGGAAAGACUGAACUAAAUGAUGAUGAUGCAACUGCUUUUGCUUUGGAAUGGCAGGUUCGUGAUACUGAGCCAAUGCUCUUUAAGGAAGCCCGUUUCCCACAGUAUCCCACCACUUGCACUCCUCCCAAGAAGAUGUUGGGAAACCGUCUGGGCUCCAAGCGCAUGCGCCAGGACGCUGAGAAGGCAUGUGCUCACUGGGAGGAGGAUAAGGAUGACUGCAUCUUUGAUGUUGUUGCCACCCGUAGCAUCUUGGUGGCUGCUGAAGGUUACAUCGAACAUGUCCAGUAA